UCUUGCGGAAAGCUUUGCAUUGCGAAUUGCAGCGAAUUAUCCUUUGCCUUAUUCCAGCUGUGUCUCGAUGGUCUCAAUGAUGCUGUCUGCCAAGUUAUCCAAAGGAAUCCAGUAUUUCGUAAAGUGGACCAACAAAUGAGCUUAGCGCCUCCUCCAAAUCAAGAUCCAUACGAGUUGGUAACAGCGUGCUUAAAAAGCGGUAAUGCAUUUGAAGAUUACAAGAAUUUCAAAACUCAAGUCUCCUUAUAUGAAAAGCAAGCUGUUGAACAUCGAGAGUACAUUCGCCGGGCCAGGCGAGCACUGCACAACAUCCGCACAUUUGUCCAACAUGACUACUGGAUAGUCGGAAUUCAACGAACAGAACUGGAUAAUCUACGUAUAGAAAUGGAUUUUGCUAAAGCAGAAGUUAAAGCCGCGAAAGAACCGCAGCUCAUAGAUCUGAAGAACAAAUUGUACUCUCAAGCUGUGAAAGCGUUUCAAGAUAAGCUCAAAGAGGUUACCAAACUUAUGGAUGCAGUCCCAAAAAACAAAGAAGCUCACUUAGAAGACGUGAUUGAAUGGACCAAUUGUACGCGAGUCUAUCAUGAAAAAAUGGCUAAACUUCUUGAAGGCACCUAA